AUGAAGCAGACGAUCCCAGCCGAGAUGAAGACUGGUGACUGUCUACUGAUCGGAGGGAAUGUCAUCCAUGCAAUGGGCGAGAACAAAACGGAGAUGGAAAGGAAAUGUAUACAGCUGGCCGUCAUCCCCAGUUUCCUGACUCCGGCGGAAGCACAUCCUUUCAUCAUCAAGCUGGAAACGGUGAACAAGUUAUCGAAGCGCACGCAGCGAUUUGUGGGUUUUAGAUCGCAGUACCCUCGGGGCUCGCCAGGCUUGUGGACAAAGGAUUAUAUCGAAUUGGCAUUGCAUCUGGGUUUGGACGAUCUUGCGGGUGCUACGGAGGAUUUGCAGGAUGUUCUCAACCAGCCCAAACAAUGGGAUACAAUUGAUUAUGACAAGGUUUGA